ACGAUAAGGAUAGUAGUAUAUAUAUACAUAUAUCUAUAUAUAUAUAUAUGUAAAUAAAUGUAGCGCGAAGAGAUGCGUAUCAUUUGUUUCCGAGACAUCAAGGCCCGAUGCAAGAGUUCUGUUUCAUAUUUCUUAUAUGUUGAUUCAUGUAAAUUUUUAUUACAUAAAAUACUAUAUAAAAUUGUUAAUACGUAUUUUCUUUUGUUUUAUUUUUUAUAUUUAUUAUAUUACUUGCAAUAAGAUCUUUAUUAAUUUAUAUUUCGAUAUAUUACUAUUUCUCCACCAUAUUUCUUAAACCAUAUUAAUUGAUUGAUCACAAUUUACAAAAGUAAACUGUAUUGUAUGCCUAUUUGAUUGUCACCAUAUUGUCUAUAUAUCAAUUUACGACUAUUAAACCGGUUGAUCACAAGAAGAGAUUUCUCUCCUUAUUCAUUUAAGAUUCUCUUUCUACCUGCCUUGUUAAUCUUCCAGUCCUAUUAUAUGAAGCUGAGUAUGAUUGUAUAUUAGCAAUGUUAAUAUAUAUUCUUCUUUUUCUUCUAUCAUAUGACUUGUUUAUAAUUAUAAAAGCACAUAAUAUUAUUAUCACAAAACUUGAUGGAACAUAGAAAACACUAUGAUACAGAUUAGUGCAUUACACGUACACUUGCUUUUCACUUUCGCGAAUCCGAUUAAUUCUAAUUAUUUCCGCGAUAGAGCGCUGUCAACGUUAACAAAAGCAAUUAGCAAGGUUUUCAUAUAAUGGCGCCAAUUUCAAAUUUCAUAUUUCUACUCUGAUAGAUAUGUAUAACAUAUUUAAUAUAGAGAAAUAUGUGCAAUUGAAAAAAAAUAUAAAUAUAUUUAAUUAACGAGUUCUUCGAUCAAGGAAAUAUCAUAUGCAUUAUUUCUAAUCUAUUGAUGAUAGAAGAAAUGAAUUCCUUUUAAUAAACAACAAUCAAGAAGCAUUUAUCAAUUGCCGUGGCAACCAUCUCAUGUUGAAUCUUUCUCACUAACGAUUUUUUCGAUUUCUUGUGUAUGUCUCGUUCAUUGAAUUCUCAUAUCAGUAGUUCGACUGAAUUAGAAAAUAAAUUCUCUUUAUAAUGGCUAAAUCUGUGACUGUUUAUGAAAAACCAAUACCACAUAUAGGAUUACCCGAUUGGUAUGCUAAGCAAUGGGAACUUCAGCAAAGUGUAGGAAGUAGAACAUCUGAUGCAUUUGAAUUACGUAAUUCAGGAAGGAUCACUCGAUCCGAAACAAGAAUUAAAACAGAAUGGAAUACAUAUAUGAAUAAUGUUCGACUGGCAGAUAGGAUAACAGAACUCUCUAAAUGGGGAGAAUUAUUUGAACAUUUAUUAGCAAGAUUACUCUCUGAAAUACAUCUUUUAAAAGAUGAAAAAGCAAACACGGAAAGAGAAAUAGAUACAUUAAAUUAUCCUCUACAAAUUACUGCAGAAUGUAUUUCAAUGAGAGAUUGCCGUCGAGGAACGGAACUUACUUACGAUGAGGCUGAUACAGAAUUGAAAAAAGAACUCUGUGUUAUCGAAAAUGUUAAAACUUUUUUGACCGAUAAGGUGCAAGCCGCGUGGGAAAAAUUAAAUUGUUUGGAAGAAGUUAAAUUUAAAAUAAGUUUAGAUAUCGAAGAUAAGAAUGAAACCACUAGGAUUGAUAAAGAAAAUCUUGAAUUGGAUCGCACUUGUGCUAAUAUUAGUUAUAAACCGAAUGCUUUAAAAAGAUCAAAAAAUGAGAUAUCUUAUGAAGGUUGGACAGAAUAUUGCAAUAAUUUGAAAAUUUUGGCUGACAAUGAAUUAAGUGAUGUAUAUAGUUUUCGGGAAGGUAUGCAAGUUAUGCGCGAACGUGCAAACAAUGAUAUAAAAGCUCAACAAGAUGUUACUGACUUUGCCUUAAGAAAACGUAUAUAUCAAACUCAAAAAGCUAGAAAUGAACUUGAAUGGCAGAAACUGAAGAUGCAUAAAGAAAUGGAAAAUUUACAGAAAGAAAUUGUACGAUUAGAAGAUGAAUUUUUACAUAAAACAGAUGCAAUAAAAUGUGCCGAAACAAGAUUAGAAAAUCGUAGCUAUCGACCUGGUUUUGAAUCGUGCGAAGAUGAAGCACAAACGGGUUUAAGAAAUGAAGUUUUACAGUUGAGAAAAACAGAAAAUGAGUUAGCUAAAGCAAUUGAAAACGCGAAAGCAACAUAUAAUGGUCUAGAAUCUUUGCUUCUACGAGUUGAUAAAAAUUUAGAAGAUAAACAGCACUCACUUUCAACAGAUAUCAUGUGCUUAGAUAUGAGAUCAACAUUAAAAACUGGCGAUAGGACAAAAUUACCUAACGAAACAGAUCGUAAUAUUGUACUGACUCGUAUGGAGAAAGAAAUACCACUGGAAUCAUAAAUUCUAAUCUCACAUGCUGAUUAUUUAUGAAUCAAUGAAAUAUAAAAUACAUACAAGUGUGGAUUUUUAUAUAUCUAAUAUUUCAUGAAACUGAAUUUAUUGAAUCAGGAUUAGCUUUAAUUAAAGCAUAUUCAGAAAUGAAAGUAUCGGUCAAAGGUGCUUCUAAAGUUUUAACUGCUCGUCUAUGUAUAUCUCCAAUUUUUUUCGGAUCUCCAUGUUUCAUUUCAAAUAUGAUAUAAUCUAUCCAAACCUUAGUAUUAUUUUUACCAAAUUGUAAAGCUGCCAUUUCAUGAGGACGUCUUGCAUAUUUUAAUACAACUUCUGGUUGAAUAAGUUCUAAUUCUGCCAUUUUUUUGUGUAAUUCAAGACACAUUGGUGGUUGUAAACAAAGACUAUCGUACAUUUUCCGAGCGAUUUGAAUACCUAAAAUAACAUAUUUAAUAAUACAUAUACAUAUAUAAUUAUUAUGAUGUUUGAAAUUUAAAUUAUAAGAAAUAAAACUUUUUGAUAGAUACUUUUGGUUAAAACUAGCCAUUCGAUAUAACUAGGCUUCAUAUCUUUGGAAAUGUUAGGAUGUUCUUGAACUGCAGCUUGAAAAAUUUCUUCAGUUUUAUCAGGAUUUAUAGCUUGUGUAUGUAAAAGUUUCAUUCUCCAUAAAGGUAAUGACUUCUCACCAAGAAUUUCUGUUGCCUGUGCAAAAGUAAGAAGUUGAAGAUAUUUUCUUUAUUCCGUUCUAUUAGAAAUAUUUAAAAAAUAAAUAUAAAGAUAUUACUUUUACGAAUACAGAAGUAGCUUCCUCUUCCUGUCUUGUAACUAAUAAAUGUCUUAAUCUAACAUGCCAAAGACUAACACUAUUUGGAAUAAUUUCAGUAGCAGAGGAAAGAAUUUUUUCUAAUUUCUUUUGUGCAUUUUCAUCUUUUUUGUCGUUACUCAACAUAUCAAUCUAGAAUAAAAUAAUUUAUUAUUGCUCAAAUAUGAACUUUCUUUUGAAUUGUAUAAUUAUUCAAACUUUUUAUUUAUACAUACCCAAUGUAAAUAAUAUUUUUCUUUCAAUUUCUUAGCUUGAUGUGCCUGUCCUAAAGUAUUUUUUAAUAAUUUUUUCUUAAAAUUUGGAAGACUUCCUGUAUCGUGAUUUAUUUCUAAUAAGCAUUCUAUAUAAAGAGACCACAUUUCUUCUGUUUUAAUUUUUUUUACAGCUGUUUGAUAAACUUUAUUACAAGAAGUUAUACGAUCUCUUAAAGAAGAUUGCUCAGAUGAAUUAACUUCCAUUAUUGAUUCAUCAGAUACAAACGGUUGUACUAGACCUUCCAAUUCACGGCGUGCCAUUGUAUCCCACAUUAAGGGUUCAUGUGCGUAUUGUUGGAUCAUAUCGCUAAAAUAUAUAAAUACAAUGAAAUAAAUCAUAAUUUAAUUUUAAGUUAUUAUCUAUAUAUCCAUGAAGUAAAAUUUACCUAACAAUUUUCUUCUGUAAUUUUUCUGCCUUGUAUUCUUUUGUAAUAUUCAGUAAUUCUAUAAUAAACUUGAUAUCUUCUACACAUUUGCUCGCUUCUUUAUAUACAAUAUAAGCUCUUUUUAAUGGUAAAGGCAUGUCAUUUUCAUCAUCUACUCCAGAUGAAGUGCUUUGUGUUUUAUUUUCAUUAUCUUCAGUAUUGUUUAAUGUUUCACCCAAUUCUAAUCUGCAAGAAACAUAAAAUAUUGCUCUUAUCUCAAAUGGCAUUCAUAUAAAUUCAUAAUAAAUUCAUAUUAAUUUUUAUUUACCUAAAAGUAUCAAUAAAUAAUAAUUGCGAAUUUGGAUGAAUAUGUAAACCACGAAGAAGAAAUUGACGAGCAGUUUGUCUAUUAUUAUUUUCUUCAAUUUCCCACUGUGCUGCGAUGUGCCAACAUUUUGGCUUAUCUUGAUGUACUUGUAACAUUUUACCUAUCAUACGACUGACACUACUUUGAAAACGCUAAAACAAAUAAUUGUAUUACAAUUAUUGAAUUUAAUCAAUUUCAAAUUUAUUUACAAUAUAUAAACUUACCACAUGUUUACAAAAUUUUAUAUAUGCAAUCCAAAAUCUAAUAUCAU